AUGGAGGCCUCGACGGAAACCCUUUCGGAGGAUCCGGGGAGAACCCCCUCGAAACGUUCCUUAACGGAUCCCCAAACGCCUGGGGAGGGGGGGGAGGAGGGGAGGGGUGAUACGGCGUGGACCCUUCCAGCGGUUCGCCGCGCGGUGAUGCUUUUUUUAGAAUUUUAUUCGUGUGAUCGGGAUGCGAACGCGGGGUUUCCCCUUGAGGAGGGCGCGACGGCCUCGCCCAACCCCGCCAUCCCCCACCCCGGGGAGACCCCAAACGAUCCCAACGAGAGGCUUUCUCGGGAAGCGGCAUCCUCGACGGGGUUGGGGUUCCCGCUUCGUGACGAGGGCGUUGCGUUCUUCGACCUCCCAGAGGGGGGGAGGGUUCCGCGAUUCGAUGGCAGGGAAACGGCGGAGGCGAUGGGGGCGUCUUUUCCCACGCGAAUCCCGCGCAUCCUGCCCGCCUUGUGGACGGCGAUCGAGGACGGGCUGUGGGUGCUCUCCGGGAACCCCCGAAGGUCGCGGGCGAGGGCCUUUUCCCCCUUGCGGAGCAGCGUUUUCAUGCAAACGCGGCUUUUAAUUCAACUCAAGACGGCCGCGUGGAUGCGUGGGGUGGCGGACAACCUCACCCAACUUCAGGUCUUGCGAGCGGUUCGGCAGUUGUGGGAGUUGCAGGGGUUUAUGCGGGUGUUUCAUCGCGAAACCCGCGCGAUGCGGGUGGAGUGGCAUCUCUUGGUUGCCACCCUCGCGCUGCAUCUUUCCGUGCGGGAUCUCCCGCGAGGCGGCGGAGGGGACGGAGGGGGGGGCGUGGUGGAUGCCUUUUUCCCGCAUCCAGGCGAUCCGAUCGCGGCGGAAAACGCCGACGACGACACCCGAAAAGAAGAAGAAGAAACAGCCGCAGCCGAAGAAGGGGAUUUCAUCGCGCGUGAGGUGGGGUUGCCGAUGCUGCACAUCCUCGCGGCGGAGCGGGAGUUGCAGAGGCGGGUGGCGUUUGCCGGGGUCCUCUCGCCCGGGCUUCUCCUCGUGCAGCUCUUCAAGGCGCUCGCGUUGUGGUGGGGAGCGGAGGGGAGGGGGGAACUCGAGCUGCGGCGAGAACCCGAUCGAUGGAAUCGCGACUUCACGCGGCGACGAACGCGCGAUGCGGGCGACGGCAUCGAUCCGACCACGGACGAACAAACGGAGGAAACGGACGCAAACGAAAAUGAAGGCGAAGAAGAGGAGGAGGAGGAGGGGCCUCGCAAGCGAUCUCGUUUCGAGCCCGAAGGCGGGGGGGGUUCUUCCCUCGGGUUUACCCUACGGCGCCCCUCGGCUUCUCGGCAACGCCGAUGCGCCCUCGCCCUCGCCCCCCUCCUUCGUGCGUUGGUGCGGCAUCAUCGCGAGAAUCCGCCCGAAAACGGCGACGACAACGGAGGCGAAAAAAGCGAAAGUGAAGAAGGACGAGGACGAGGAGGAGGAGGGGGAAUCGCGUGGUCGCCGUUGCAUCGCGCAUUGCUUUUCCUUCUCGUCGGCGCCGUGGCGAGGGGGGAGGAUCGCGAUGCAUCCGCGGCGCGACGCGCGUUUCGCCGCGCGAUUGGCCUCUCCUGGCGGCUGCUCGGCCCUUUUCACCCCUGCCUGGCGGACGCCCUCGUGCAGCUCGCGAGGAUUUCAACCGAGGACGAUUCCGCCCCCUGCCAAAUCGACGAAAACUCUUCGAAUAAUGCGGGCGAAGCGUCGAGUUUGCCCGCUACUCCCGCUUCCUCCUCUUUUUCUUCAUCUCUCACGUUUUUUUUAAACUCCCUAAAGGAGGUCAACGAAGGGGUGGAGGAGGAGACGGAAGGGAAGGAAGGGCGUUCUCCAUUAGUGAGGAUCGCGCUGGAGGUGGCCGCGCGUGCGAGCGGCAGUGCGCUUUUCCGACUUUUGGGGGCCUUUGAGGAGGAGUUGAGUUCCCCUAGGAAGGGAAUCCUCCCUGGUUUACCCUCAUCUCCUUUGGAUGCGCACUUUCAUCAGCUUUUUAGCGAAGUUUCCUUGCGGCGUAUUCGACAGGGGUGGGGGGUUCAGCUCCGACGGCUGUGUGAGGAUCACGUGGCGGAUGAAACCGACGCCCACCAGCUGCCAACGGAGGGUCCGCAACGGCAGGAUUUCGUCGAGGUGCUCCUUGGAUUUCUCCCCGAUCCGACCGCGUAG